CGCCGUGCAGCCGCCACUGAGAAAUGGGCCUGGCUCGAGGAAGCGGGGACGCUGCUGCCGCUGCUCGGCGGAGUUAAAGAUUUGGACCAGCAUACUACGGGGCGUUUUGUUAAUAACAGUAUUAACAAUUCAGACAGGCUGCACUGUGACCAUUGAAAGACCUAAUUUUCUUAAAUUCAAGUAACCUAUCACCUCCACACAAUCAGAGCAAUGUCCUAUGUUUUUGUAAAUGAUUCUUCUCAGACGAAUGUGCCUCUGCUGCAGGCUUGUAUUGAUGGGGAUUUUAACUAUUCCAAGAGGCUAUUAGAAAGUGGCUUUGACCCAAACAUUCGUGACAGCAGGGGCCGUACAGGCCUUCACCUUGCUGCAGCCCGAGGAAAUGUAGACAUCUGCCAAUUGUUGCACAAAUUUGGUGCUGAUCUCCUGGCCACAGAUUAUCAAGGAAACACAGCCCUUCACCUCUGUGGUCAUGUGGAUACUAUACAAUUCCUUGUUUCCAAUGGACUCAAAAUUGACAUCUGCAACCACCAAGGUGCAACACCUCUGGUACUGGCAAAGCGAAGGGGAGUGAAUAAAGAUGUCAUCCGAUUGCUGGAAUCAUUGGAAGAACAAGAGGUGAAAGGUUUUAACCGAGGAGCCCAUUCUAAGCUGGAAACCAUGCAGACUGCUGAAAGCGAAAGUGCCAUGGAAAGCCAUUCUCUUCUCAAUCCCAAUUUACAACAAGGGGAAGGAGUACUCUCAAGCUUCCGAACCACAUGGCAGGAGUUUGUGGAGGAUCUGGGCUUCUGGCGCGUGUUGCUUCUGAUUGUUGUCAUUGCACUACUUUCUCUUGGAAUUGCAUACUAUGUCAGUGGUGUUCUUCCCUUUGUGGAAAAUCAGCCUGAACUGGUACAUUAAAGUUAUGGAAAGAAGGCAGGUGCCCCAUGCCUGCUUCUCAGCUGUGUUCUAAAUUUCCCAAAAUGCUUCUCCUACUACAAAGCUAGUACUAUAUCAUUUGGCUUUUAUACUAUUUAGUGUAUUGUUACCCUUUAAGAAGGGAGAUUUAUUGAUCUGAAUUAACAGUUCUAAAGUCUAAAGUAUUUUAAAGCUACCUCUGACACAUUCUGACGUUUUAAUACAGCCUAGGAGUAGCGGGAACCAAUUUUGGUAAAACAUGAGGAUUAAUAAAGAAUGAAAAUAAGAUGACUAAUAAUCCUUAAUCCAGAAACCUUAUCUUAUCACAAGGACCAAUUAAAUGCAGUUUUUAGCAAAAGAAAAGUUGAUAUGGUACAAGGUAUUCUCAUUGAGGCAGUUUUUCCCUUUGUAACAUUUUGUUUAUUUUCUCUAAAGUAAGGAGGGAAAGAAGGAUGAAAACUCAUAUUUAACACUGAUUAGCAAUCCCAUAUUAACACAUCGGAAGGUAACAUGGGUAGUGAGGCAGCUAGGGAGUAUAGAGGAUAUGGUGCUAGACCUGCAGUCAGGAAAAACUGAGUUUGAACCCUGCCCUAGACAUU